UUUAACUAAAGAUCAAACUUCAAUUUAGUCAUGGAUUUGUUAACAUCAUCGAUCAUCCUAGCAUCCAUUGCAUGGAUAUGCAUACUGAUUUCCCGGGCCCAAAAAUUAUCGAAACUUCCUCCGGGCCCGUACGGGUUACCCAUCAUCGGCAACAUCUUCCAUCUCGGGCACAAACCCCACCGCUCCCUCGCCAAACUCUCCCAAAAAUACGGGCCCGUGAUGUCGCUGAAGCUGGGCAGCAUCACCACCGUAGUAAUCUCCUCACCAGAAACCGCCAAACUCGUGCUUCAAAAGCACGACUCCUCCUUCUCCAACCGAACCAUCCCGUUGGCGUCCAAAGCCCUCCGCCACGACGAGUACUCCGUGGGGUGGCUUCCCGUCGGAAGUCAGUGGAGGAAGCUGCGGAAGAUAUGCAGAGAGCAGAUGUUUUCGGCUCCGCGGCUGGACGCCAGUGAGGAUCUGAGGAGAGAGAAGCUGCAGAAGCUGCGUGACUUCGUGGCGGAUCGCUGCGAUAGCGGAAGCGCCGUGGACAUAGGGGAGGCUGCUUUCACGACGGCGCUGAAUCUGAUUUCGGCGUCGCUGUUCUCGGCGGAGUUCGCGCGGUUCGAUUCGGAGUCGUCGCAGGAGAUGAAGGAGGUGGUGUGGGGCGUCAUGAAAUCCUUCGGAAGCCCUAAUUUCGCCGAUUAUUUUCCGCUGCUGAAACCGGCGGAUCCGCAGGGGAUUUUUAAGGCGGCGGAGUUUAAUAUUGGAAGGCUGUUGGUGAAAUUGGAUGAGAUAAUUGACGAGAAAUUGAAAUCGAGAGGAGAGAAACGUGAUUUGGUGGAAGCGCUUCUUGAGAUCAACCAAAGAGAUGAAGCUCAGCUUAGCCGAGACGACAUAAGACAUCUCCUUCUGGUACUACGCUUUCUUACAAAUUUAUGCAGUCUAGUAUCUUGGAAAGGAAAUCUUGAAAUUCGCAACAAUGGGUUUUGGGUUUAGGGUUUAAGGUUUUGGUUCUUCUUAAUAAAUUAAGAAGCCCUUCUCAUAAGGCAUGCUAAUACAAAGCACUCAGUUUUUGAUGAAUCCGCGAAUUUUCGAUGAUGAUAAAUGCUCGUAAAAAUAAAUCACGACACAGAGAAUUUAACGUGGUUCGAUUU